GGCAGAGAGCUGCACAGGUAGCCAGCCAGCAGCAGCACUGUGGGCUCCCGCUAGUCUACCUAGCGACACUUCCCUCCCUGCGUGACACGACUGGAGUGUCUGGAGGUGCGACCCUCGGCGACAUCGCAGCGCACCGCACCGCACCAUCAGGUCACCUCAUAGCGCUCGCCUACCGGCAUCCGCCGUCUCCGAAGAUGAUACCUGGCAAACGAAGAGCUGCAGUCAUGUCCUUCUCGGUGGUGAUAUUUGGAGCGCUGAUGCUGCAGUCCGUCUCUUCCCAGAACGAGCCGUCAAUCAUUGCCUCUGAACACACCACACUUCCUUUGGAAGGCCACAGUCCCCCUUUCACACUGCAGUGCAACCUGACCAGCUCCCACAGUCCCCACGAUGAGAGCUACUGGAUGAAGAAUGGGGAGGAGAUCCCAGACACACGCAGCCAAGAUAUGAACACUGAGUACAAGCUGUUCAAACCAAGAGGAGACGACGCUGGACUGUACAUGUGUGUCUACACCUUCGAGACGGGUCCUUCAGCCAACGCCACCAUCGAAGUUAAAGCUGCUCCUGAGAUUACAGGCCACAAGCGUAGUGAGAAUAGGAAUGAGGGCCAGCGUGCUUUACUCUACUGUAAGUCUGUGGGCUAUCCUCACCCUGUCUGGACCUGGCGCAAGAUUGACAACGGCAUCAAUAGGGAAAUCGACAACUCAUCCGGUCGCUUCUUCAUCAGCAGCAGAGACAACUACACUGAGCUCCACAUUAUCAACCUGGACAUUAGUUUAGAUCCAGGCGAGUACCAAUGCAACGCCACCAACAUGAUCGGCAGCCGCGACGAGAAGUCUGUGCUGAGGGUUCGCAGUCACCUCGCCCCCUUAUGGCCUCUUCUGGGGGUUUUGGCUGAGAUCAUCAUCCUGGUCAUCAUCAUUGUCGUUUAUGAGAAGCGUAAGAAGCCAGAGGAUUUACAAGACGAUGAUGACCAAGCAGGACCAGUGAAAACUAAUUCAACCAACAACCACAAAGACAAGAACCUCCGCCAGAGGAACACAAACUGAGCAGCUGUCUGCUGAGUUACGUUACACAUGUAUUGACCAUAUGAAGGUAAACAAGAAUGGAAUCCAUACCAGUUGUUAAUAGGAUUUAUCUGCCAUUAAAAGUAUGGUUGUGGAGGAGUUA